GAAUUCACGGACAAUCCUAUAUAGUUUCAGCUACAUGUAGCCGGUCACACAGUGUCGCUUCUGCUUUGCAUACGAACAUAAAACGAAGAGUGCAAUAAAGGACUCCGCCAAAUGCCAGUCCGAACCUGCCGAGAUACAGACAAGAGUCCGUAAGUUCAAUCAGAAACGCGCCUUUCAAAUCAGGAUGGGCGCCAUUAAGUCUAAACAAUAUAAACAGACUCCUCAGGUUCUCCUCAUGGGCUUGGAUACGGCUGGAAAAUCUACUUUGCUGUACAGGCAGCAGCGUGGUGUGGUGAUGGAGACCUCACCUACUGUGGGCUUCAAUGUUGCGACUGUAGAGCUGGACAAGAAGACCUCACUGGCCGUGUGGGAUGUUGGGGGACAAGGAACUAUGAGGCCCAAUUGGAAAUACUACCUAGAGGGAUGUAAGGUCCUGGUUUUCGUGGUGGACAGCAGUGAUCAUGCCAGGAUGGGAGAAGCCCAGAAAGCCCUGAAGAAGAUUCUGAGUAAUGAGCAUUUUAAAGGAGUUCCCCUGAUGGUGCUGGCUAACAAAAAGGACCUGCCAAACUCUAUGACUAUUAGAGAGGUGUCUACAUUGCUGGAGCUGGAUAGUUGCACAGAUCGAGUAUGGGAGAUCCAAGCUUGCAGCGCCCUGAAGGGACUGGGUCUCCAACAAGCCUUUCUCUCUAUAGCUAAGCUAAUGCACAAAGCAUAAGUAAGAUACUAAGCUAACAACGGAAUACAAUAACAAGCAAAAUGAAGAGGAGGAGUCCAGGCACCACCACCCAGAUCCCAUUGAAGAACAGCAGGUAGACCCACAGGUACAGCC